AUGAUUAGGAGAGAAGAGCGAUUUGCUUCUAAUGCCGAGUGUCGUGUUGUUGUGUCCAGAAGAUUCCUACCAAAACUCAAUGACCCUAGUAGUUUCACCAUUCCCAUAGAGAUUGGAGGUGUAAAUUUUGGCAAGGCGUUUUGCGAUCUUGGAGCGAGUAUAAACUUAAUGCCCUUGUCCAUCUACUAUAGGUCAGGUUUAGGUGACCUUAGGAAACCCGUGGUAACCUUCCAACUAGCCAAUAGGUCCCUAGUUCACCCAAAUGGAGUUUUGGAGGAUGUUUUAGUAAGAGUUCCACAAGUCAUCUUACUAGUUGACUUCAUCAUUCUUGACUUUAAGGAGGAUUUAAAGAUACCAAUUCUAUUAAGGAGAUCGUUCCUAGCUACCUCUAAGGCCAGCAUAGAUGUGGGCAAAGGAGAGAUGACGAUGGAAGUAGGGUGA